GGUAAGUAUGUGAUUCUAACAUUAAACUCUAUCUUCUCCUCUAGAAGUGGAAUGUACCUCAGUAAUGAAUAAUCAGUCCUCCAUUUCUGAAUUUCUUCUCCUUGAAUUCUCAACAAUUCGGGAACUGCAGAUUCUACACUUCAUUUUGUUCCUGGUACUGUAUUUAUCAAUUUUAUCAGGAAAUCUUCUCAUCAUCUCUGCAGUAAUUUGGGAUCACCAUCUUCACACCCCCAUGUACUUUUUCCUGAUGAAUUUGGCCAUUCAGGACUUAGGCUCUGUCUCAGCUAUCAUACCUAAAUCUAUGACCAAUUCUUUCAUGAAUACUAGACAUAUUUCCUUUUCGGGAUGUGUUGCCCAAGUGUUCUCCUUUGUGUUCUUUGUAGGAUCUGAUUUCUUUCUCCUCACAGUCAUGGCGUAUGAUCGGUUUGUUGCCAUCUGCAAUCCUUUACAUUAUGAAAUGGCAAUGAACAAGCAAACCUGCACACAAAUGUUGGCUACUGUUUGGAUCACUGGUCUUUUUUAUGGUGCUUUACACACGGGAGGUACUUUUGUAGUUCCUUUUUGCUCCAACAUUGUCAAUCAGUUCUAUUGUGAAAUCCCACAUUUACUAAAGCUCUCCUGCUCUAACUCAUACCUAGUUGAAGUUUUUGUUCUUGUGGUCAGUGCUAUUAUUGAAUUAGGAUGUUUUGUCUUCAUCAUAAUUACAUAUGUGCUGAUCUUCAGUGCUGUGCUAAGAAUUCCCUCUGUUCAGGGACGGCAAAAAGCAUUGUCUACUUGUCUCCCACACCUCAUUGUAUUUUCUAUAUUUAUUUUCACUGGAUGGUUUGCCUAUUUGAGGCCUCCCUCUCAUACUCCAUCUGCUUUUGAUUUGGUUUUAACAGUGAUAUAUACCUUUCUUCCACCCUUGAUGAAUCCUAUUAUCUAUAGUAUGAGAAAUAAAGAGAUCAAGACUGCCAUAGGAAAGCUAUUGAUUUCACUAUUUUCUUCUAUGGAAACCUAUUUCACUAUUUUUAUGUAA